GUGUCUCAAGCACACAAGCCACCCAACACCACAGUGCGACAAGCUCUCGCCAAGUCGCUAUCCAAGAAAUCCCUCCCCUCUCUGUCCUACCUUGGAAUCCCCACCAGGAUCUCCGGCUAUCCGGCGGCAGCUACCCAGCCAUGGCCGCGCGCGGCGGCCUGGAGAACCCCCUCCUCGGCGGCGGCCCGGUUUCUUCUCAGGGCAGUCGGCGCCGCCGCCCGUGGACCGCGCUCGCCAUCGCCGUGGCGCUGCUCGCCGUGGCGUGCGUCGUGCUGCUGCUCCUGAGCUCGGGGGGAGCGGAGCAAGGCGGUGAUCGGAGCAGGGUGGUGUCCGGCGGCGGCGGCGGGGGCGUGGGGCUGAGCCCGCACGAGGUGGAGGCCGGGGUGGGCGCGGUGGCGGCGGACGACGGGAGGUGCUCGGAGGUGGGCGCCGCGGCGCUGCGCGCCGGCGGGCACGCGGCGGACGCGGCCGUGGCGGCGGCGCUCUGCCUCGGCGUGGUGCACCCGAUGUCGAGCGGCGUCGGCGGCGGCGCGUUCAUCGUCACCAGGGACGCCGCCUCCGGCGACGCCGUCGCCUUCGACGCCCGCGAGACCGCGCCGGCCGCGGCCACGCCGGACAUGUACGCGGGCAACCCGACCUCCAAGUACAAGGGCGCGCUCGCCAUGGGCGUCCCCGGCGAGCUCGCCGGCCUCCACGCCGCGUGGUCCCGCUACGGCAGGCUGCCGUGGAAGGACCUCUUCGCGCCGGCGAUCAAGCUAGCGCGGGACGGCUUCACGGUGGUGCCGCCCGUCGCCGGCGCGCUCAAGGAGGCGGAGCGGGACGUGCUCGCCGACCCGGGCCUCCGCGCCGUGUUCGCGCCGCAGGGGAGGAUCCUCGCCGCCGGCGAGGUGUGCCGCAACCCGGCGCUCGCGGACACGCUUGAGGCCGUCGCCAGCGGCGGCGUCGAGGCGUUCUACGGCGGCGCCAUCGGCGAGAGGUUCGUCGCCGACGUGCGGCGCGCCGGGGGCAUCGCGACGGUGGACGACCUGAGGGCGUACAAGGUCGAGGUGAGCGACGCCAUGCGCGCCGACGCCAUGGGAUACACUUUCCUCGGCAUGCCGCCGCCUUCCAGCGGCACAGUCGGAAUGGCUCUGGUUUUGAACAUCUUGGAUGGAUACAAAUCGCUCGAGUUCUUGAAAGGGUUUCUUGGCGUGCACCGGUUCAUCGAGGCGCUGAAGCACAUGCUGGCCAUCAGGAUGGCUCUCGGCGACCCUGACUACGUCAACGUCGCCGGCAACGUCUCCCAGAUGCUCUCGCCGGCGUUCGCCGACAAAAUCCGGCAGCGGAUCGUCGACAACACUACGUUCCCUCCCAGUUACUACUUCCCAAAAUGGAGCCAGCUGAAUGACCACGGGACGAGCCACCUCUGCGUCGUCGACGGCGACCGGAACGCGGUGGCGAUGACGACGACGGUGAACUCUUACUUCGGGGCGCACGUGCUGUCGCCGUCGACGGGCAUCGUGCUGAACAACGAGAUGGACGACUUCUCCGUGCCGGCGGAGCGGACGCCGGACCACCUCCCGCCGGCGCCGGCGAACUUCAUCGCUCCGGGAAAACGGCCUCUCUCCUCCAUGACGCCGACGAUCAUACUAAAGAACGGACAGCUCGCCGGAGUAGUCGGCGGCAGUGGCGGGACGAACAUCAUCGCGACGGCGGCCCAGGUGUUCGUGAACCAUUUCAUCGUCGGCAUGCACCCGCUCGCCGCCGUCCAGCAUCCCAGAGUCUACCACAAGCUGGUGCCGAACGUGGUGGUGUACGAGAACGAGACGGUGGUCGGCGGCGAGGUGAUCGAGCUCAGCGGCGAGGCGAGGGAGUUCCUGCGGCGGAGGGGCCACCGGCUGAGGAGCACGGGCUCCGGCGCCGUCUGCCAGUUCAUCGUGCAGGACUUGCUGGCGCCGGUCGGCUCGGCCGCCGACCGUCGGCAGCACGGCGGCGGGAACGUCUUCCACGGGAUGCUCACCGCCGUCAGCGACCCGAGGAAAGGCGGCAGACCUGCCGGAAUGUGAUGGCGCAUGCAUGGCGCGCCACGGCAUCGAUUAGGCCCCCGUUUAGACAGCCGAAAUUCUUACACGAUUCAUGUGAAAGCUGAACAAGUUUAUAUGGAAAUUCUUCAAAAUUUGUACAGCAGUGGAACGGCCGGCUGUGGCGCUCGAGCACGGGGCAGCCAUGGGUGGUUUGGUGGAGAAGAUGACUGGAGGUACAUGAGAGGAUGAACGGAGAAGAUUGGGUAUUUUGGUCCCAAAAAUUGAAAAAUACAGCCAAGGGAUAUUUCAGUUUUCAAUGUUAGUGUCAUAUUUUUCAAUUUCAACAUGUAUAUAGGCAAAUAGUAAUGCCAAAUUGUAAAAUUGCAAAAUUUAUAAUGACGUGAUCAAUUUUUUUUUAAAAAAAAUCAGUUUGUCACAACUCUGAAAGAUCAGAGCUCCUGAUUCUGCCAA